CGGGAGCAUCAAGGGAUGCGCGGAGUGGCACGGGCGGCGCGGAGGUGGUGGGAAGGGGCGCCAAGCGGUGAUCGCGGUCGGUGGCGGCGCUGGGCGGCCAUGCAAGACGAAGGCAGCCGGAGCAUCCAUUCCGACAACAUCUCCGCCAUCCACGAGGUGCCCAUGCGGGUGAUCAUCAGGCCCAUCCCGCCGGUCCUGGAGGAGAGUAAAGUGGAGAGCCUCAUGCGGACCAUCCAGGAGCAACCUGACCUGGUCCCCCCAAUUGAUGUUCUUUGGAUCAAAGGCAGAGAAGGGGGAGAUUACUUCUAUUCAUUUGGAGGCUGUCACCGUUUUGCAGCGUACAAGUGUCUGAACAAGGAGACCAUUCCAGCUAAAAUCAUCCGGUCGACCCUCAGUGACCUCCGUACCUACCUGGGCUCUUCUCUCCCUGAUUUGCGAUAGACAGGUGCUUUUUCCUGGCCCCCCAAUUCCAGAGCAUCCUUGGCCCAUCUGAAGCUUGGAAGUGAGCUGGAGGCAAGGAUUGGUCUUUUUCUCCUUUGCCAGACAUUCAACAAUGAGGACUAGCGCUCUGAUUUGGUCCCUUUGUAUCUCUGUUGGAUAUAGGAUGGCCCAGCCUAUAAGAGCCUUGACCAGUGAGCGUGUAUGACCUACCCAAUUUAUAGGGGUCUGGUUCCUGCUUGGUUGUGAACUGAGAUGAGAAAGGGCUAAGCUGGCAUUUGUGUUAAGUCGCAUGAGUAGAAUGGUCUUCCUUGUGUGGCCCUGGGGGCUGGGGAAGAUGGGAGUUAUAGCCCAACCUGGUCAGAAAGGCACAGGGUUGGGGAAGGCUAUGAGCUGCCUGCAAGAGUGGAGAAUCAGAGGACAUUGCACUGCACGGCAACAAACACCAGAUGGCAGCAAAGAGGUACAGAGAAACUUUGACUCUCUGCUGCCAUCUAGAGGUCAUCUGAAUUUUUCAAGCCCAGAUUUAGGAGCUCUUGGUCAGCCCCAGCCUCAACCAUGACCCUCAGGGGUGACGUUGGGCCAGUCACCUGCUGAGCCCAAUCUACCUCGCAGGCUUCUUCUUGGGGGAAAAUGGAGAAGGGACCAUUGUGUUUACCUGCUGAGUUCCCCAAGGAAAUCUGGGGUUUAAAUCUAAGAAGCUAUCAGCGCGCAGGAAGGAGGUUUGCAAGGGAGGAGCUCAGAAUACAAGGCAUUCUCAGGGUUGACACCACGGCACCAAGAGUACUUGGAAGCCACUCCAAAAUACACGGUUUAAUCUCAGGUGUCUUUUGGAUGUAUGUCAACUCC